AUGGCGACCGCUCAGAAGCAGAGGAGUGUGAUGAAUGCGGUUGUAUUUCCUAACAAAAUCUCUACGGAACAGCAGUCGUUGAUACUAGUGAAGAGGCUCCUCGCAGUAGCUGUAUCCUGCAUUACGUAUCUAAGAGGAAUCUUCCCUGAAAGCGCCUACGGAACAAGAUACUUGGAUGAUCUGUGUGUCAAAAUUUUGAGGGAAGACAAAAACUGUCCUGGAUCAACUCAGCUGGUGAAGUGGAUGUUAGGAUGCUAUGAUGCCUUGCAGAAGAAAUACCUAAGAAUGAUUGUCCUCGCGGUCUACACCCACCCAGAUGAUCCACAGACAAUUACAGAGUGUUACCACUUUAAAUUCAAGUACACCCACAACGGGCCCCUCCUGGACUUCGGCAGCAGGAACAAGCGGGCCGAUUCCAGCAUCUCGUGUGCGGACACCAAGAAGGCGAGCGUCCUCCUGCUGCGCAAGAUCUACGUGCUCAUGCAGAACCUGGGCCCGCUGCCGAGCGACGUGUGCUUGACCAUGAAGCUGUUUUAUUAUGACGAAGUUACCCCAGCCGACUACCAGCCUCCUGGCUUCAAGGAAGGCGAGUGCGAGGGCAUGAUAUUUGAGGGCGAGCCAAUGUAUCUGAACGUGGGCGAAGUGCCAACGCCUUUUCACAUGCUGAAAGUUAAAGUGACAACGGAAAAGCAGCGAAUGGAAAACGUUGAUAAAAGCAUCCUAAAGCAGGGAGAUGCCAGCGUGCCACUGCAGGCACUGAGACUGGACAAGGAUGAUACCGAAGAGCAGAGCACGAACGAAGAUCCUGCCCUGGACAAUAAAGAGGAAGAAGGGAAAAAUGUAAAUAUUUCACAAGCUGAAGAACCAAAUCUCACUUGUGAAGAGGAUGAAAUUACAAAGGCCGAAGAGAACCGAAAUCCCUGUGUUUCCGCUCCUCAGGUGGAUCAUUUAGCACAUAAGACGUCUGAACUUCACAUGUCAGAGAGCAGGACAAGAAGUGGAAAGAUAUUUCAAACCAGCACUGUUCAUCAGUUUGAACUCUCCUCUAGCCAAGACGUGCUGCCAAAAAGGAGAAAAAUUAGUGAACCAAAGGAGCAGUUUUAG